GUCACCGAAGGAAUAAGCCAUUUGUAAAGCGAAUCUAACCGGAUUAGCUUCGUUGAAAAGAAGACUUAGAAAAUUUAAUUUGGCUUAAAAUAAAGAAAUUAAAUAAAAAAAAAAGUCGUAAACAGCACGAAAUAGAGAAUAGCGUGAUUGAAAAGAGUUAAAUUCCUGACAUUGAAUUGAACAGGUCGUAACUAAAAUUAUAUAUGCAUUGUGUUCCGAUUCGAGAGAGGUAAAAUAGUAGCGAACAAACAACUUUAUCACAAAAGAAUUUUAUUUCAACGGAAAAUAAUUUUCAAGUAUGGCUUCAACUUUAAAUGAAUACGAAAAAAAUAAAGAACUAAAUAAGGAUGAUGUUAAAUAUUUAACGGAGUGGAUUAAUAAGCAACCGCAUUUACCCAAAAUUAACGAGCUCCAAUUAAUUUUAUUCCUCCACAGCUGUUAUUACAAAUUAGAACCAACAAAAACAUGCAUCGAAAACUUUUACACCGUUCGAGGCCAUUGCCCAGAAUUUUUUUCGAAACGCAACCCAAAAGAAAAUCAUAAAGAAGUAAUCGAUUUGGUACUUUACCGCCCUUUGGAACUUUUAACACCCAACGAGGGCUACAAAGUGAUUUACGCCCGACUUAUAAACACCGACGUGGAUAAAUACUCUUUUCCGACCCAAGUCAAAGCUUUCGAUAUGGCCUCGAUGUUAAUGUUACACUUGGAGGGUACCCACAAAGGGUUAAUUAUCGUCACCGAUAUGCAAGGGGCGACUUUCGCCCAUUUAACCAAGUUGAAUCCGCUUCACUUAAAAAAAUUCUUUUUUUAUUUACAAGAUUGCAUGCCUGUGAGGAUGAAAGGGUUGCAUUUUAUUAAUAUUCCAUCGUGGAUUGAUAAAUUAAUGGCCCUUAUUAAACCGUUUAUGAAAAAAGAAUUAUUAGAAGUGCUACAACUUCACUCCGAUUUGGAAACUUUAUACAAAUACGUCCCUCAAUCGUGUUUACCGAAAGAUUAUGGUGGAAAUGCCGAGAGUUUUCAAGAAUUAGCAAAAAAACAAAGAAAGCUGCUUUUAGAGAAUGCAGAUUACUUUAUCGAAGAAGAAAAAUUAAUAACCGAUGAAUCAAAGCGCCCGGGGAAGCCAAAAAACGCUGGAGAUAUUUUCGGUGUUGAGGGAUCAUUCAAAAAAUUAAACAUCGAUUAAAAUACCUUCCUUUCAAAUAAUGUCGCAAUAAACAAUUAAUGAGACUUA